ACUGGUCCUCUGCAGCAGAACGUGAUUUCAGCAGAGAGCUGUUGCAUUGGGCAGAAGAUCCUUCAGCAGACAUCUCUUCAGCAGCACAAAGUGGAAGAUGGACAGAGCAGCCAGUGUGACCAUCCUCAUCCUCCUUCUGUGUGCCAUCACUACACAGGGUAUUCCGAUCCUAGGACUACAAGGACGUUGCCGGUGUAUUCGGACCACAUCUGUUUUUAUUCGUCCAAAAUUAAUCCAGAGAUUGGUAUACAUUCCCCCAAGAUCUCAAUGCGAAACAGCUGAGAUAAUCAUCACUCUGAAAAAUAGGAAGAGAGUGUGUGUGAAUCCUGAUGCCAAGUGGUUGCAGGCAUUCAUAAAUGCGAGGAGAGGAAGUUAAAUUGCAAUCUUGAAGAUUCAAUUCCAUUCCAAAGUUAUCUGAAGUGGAAUGAUGGAAAAUCAGCCAUGGAUAUUGCCUCUCUGAUGUCACCUUCCUGCUGCUCAUUCUGGUGUCUCCUCUUCAUUGUCCUCCAAAUAAUUUCACAAUUGAUCCGGAGGCAGGACUUCUUUCCUCCUGUGGUAAUAUCUGUUUGCCAGAGAUAUUUAUUAAACUGAUAUUUGUUCAACUCUGUGCCAUGUCUGAGGUCCUGCUUGAUGUCUGUGGUAAUCGAAGUAGAUUGUGGUCAUGUCUCUGAUCUCAUCACAAGAUACUAUGGAACUGAAUUUAAUUGACUUGUAGUUCUUCACAAUUAUUUGGAAAUAGCUUCCCAUCAACAAACUGGAUACAGUGGAAUUGAUGUUUAAAUGUGUGGAAUAGACUAAAUGAAACAGGUGCCUGUUAUUAAGAUUUACUAAUAGAAAUAAGAAAGGUGCGAGGUGAUGUGAGUUUCAGUAGUUUUGUUCAUUAGAUUCCAUGAUGUUUUGAUCUCUGCCCAGAAGGAAAUCCAGUGGAUGGGUUAACGUUGAUACCUGUCCACCAACAACCCCCCCCCCCCCCCCCCCCCCUUCCAUGCCACCGACAUUGGCAUGACAAAAUAGCUCGUCCACUGAGUUGAAAAUGAGCUGUUAUCGUUCUGUCUUCUUAAUCCUGCAUGUUUUACCAGGGCCAAAAGGCUGAAAUAUCCUCAAUGUUCACAAAAUAAUUAUCCUUAGUUAUUUCAAUAAAGUAAUCCGAGUGGAAUGAUGAAGAUAUAAAUAAUUAACUAAGCACAUUCCUCCAUUUUCCUGAAGAUUUGAUGCAAUACGGUAUUGUCUCAAAUUAACCUAUGAAGCAAAAUUUGCACAGUUCCCCAUCUAGUUUAAAUCCUGUUUAUAGUUCAGUGAUGUAAUGGCGGCAAUAGUGUGAUCAAACAUAUUUCUUUGACCUUGAAUAGAAACGUUUUUAUUUCAAUAAUUUUUAUUUAUUUGCCAGCAAAUAACAUUGGAACCAGCUCACAAUAUUACUGACCAUUGGUAUUUUAACAUGAGCUGAAAGACUUUCUCUGUAAAUAUUAGACUUUAGAAUCUAUCCAAGUGAAAGCAAUUUUUUUAUGCAGAUUAUUUUUUAAUGAAAAAUAUAUACAUUUUGAAAGGUAGUGCAGCUAAGAGUCUUAUGCUCACUGGAAAAAAUGAAAUUU